CGCAGUUCCAGGCCGAUGAGGUCAUCAGUGGUUGCUCGUGGUCACGUGAUCGCUGCCUACGCGCGGGGAGUCUGGGUGCAGAUGGCGGACGCAGAGGCCGAGGCGUCUCCGCGCCCUGAGAUGGAGCGGCUCGUGGUCGCUCUUCGCGCCCGUCUCUGGCAGUUGCAAGCGGAGCUGCGCGAACAGGAGGUUUCGGAGUCUUCGUCCCGGGCCUACUGCCGGGGGUUCUGCCAGACAUUAUUACAAUAUGCUGGAACCCGGGGUGCAUCAGAACAUAUUUUGCCUUUUUUGGAAGUAUAUCGAAUCUCUAUCCAAAACUUUGCUAAUGCACGACCAUACUUGACUACAGAAUGUGAAGAUGUCCUUUUGGUACUUGGAAGGCUAGUACUGAGUUGUUUUGAACUACUGCUUUCUGUGCCUGAAAGUGAAUUACCAUGUGAAGUAUGGUUAGGAUUUCAUCAGUCUUUAAAGGAUUCACAUGAUGCUUUACUGGAAUUUGGCAAUAAUAACCUCCAAAUAUUGGUUGACAUUACUAGGGAAGGAGUGUGGAAAAAUCCAGUUCUUCUUAAGAUUCUAUCACAGCAGCCAGUAGAAGCAGAAGAAGGUAAGAAGUGAGAUUGAUUUAUAAUGUAUGAAGUUCAAAAAACUGAUACACUUUUGGAUUUGGAUGGGGGCUGCUACUUGUUAAUCCUGAUUUGAACUUCUCAUUACUACAGAACUUGGUUAUAUUUCACUUGGAGCUAUAUUGUGCUAACCACAAGAGAAACUGCAUUUAUCAUGAAACUUUCUCAUUGGUAUGCUGCCCACCACUUAUAUUUACUAAUAUGUCCCAGCCCCAGGCCGUUUUUAACCGUGUAAAUUUGAGGAUCUUGGGGGAAAAAACCACCGUUUUAAAAAACAGUCUUCUGGAGAAAUGUUUAUUUUCUGUGAGGG